GUCACCUUGACACAGCUCUGACGCUCCGUCAGUCGGCAUGACAACGCGCUCUCGAGGGCAAACGGGGAACGGCUGACGGGCGCGAGGAUGGCAGCAGAAGAUGCCCAGUAACGGAAAAAGCGGCGGGAACCGAGCGAACACCAGUACCGGGAGCACCGGGACCAGCACCGGGACCUGCUCCGGGAGCACCGGGACCUGCUCCGGGAGCGGCUCGGUCCAUGUCCCGGCCAUGGAGAGAGCCCGGCCGGUGACGGUGACGGUGUCCGCGGUGAGCCUCUCGCUCAGCGUGCUGGCGCUGCUGCUGCUGGUCACCGCCAUCUCCUCCGACCACUGGUACGAGACCGACACCCGCAGACACAAGGACAACUGCGACCGCCACGGAUCCGACUCCAACGACCAGAAGAACCGGGAGAUGCCCAUCUACCACCUGCCGCUGGUGGACACCGGCAGCGGCGGGGCCCGGCAGCGGGACGUGGCGCUGAUGAAGCCCGUCCAUGUGGGCAGCAGAGAGGAGGAGCUGCUGGAGAACUGGCGGGCCAUCCUGGGGAUGGGCAUCCUGGAGACGGAGUGCGGCAGGCCGCUGUUCUCCGCUCACUCCGGCCUCUGGAGGAAGUGCUACUUCAAGGGCCUGGACCCGGACAUCGACAAGCUCAUCGACCGGGGUAUCGCAGAUCGCUGCACAGCUGUGAAGUACCACUUCUCUCAGCCAAUCAGACUGAGGAACAUCCCUCUGAACCUGACCAGGACCAUCCAGCAGGACGAGUGGCACCUGCUGCACCUGCGGCGCAUCACGGCUGGCUUCCUCGGCAUGGCGGCCGCCGUGCUGCUGUGUGGGAGCAUCGUGGCGUCAGUCGGCUUCUACUGGGAGGAGAGUCUGACGCAGCACGUCUCCGGACUACUGUUCCUCAUGGCAGGUGAGGGGGGGGGGUUCAGGAGUGAAGCAUUGACACUUAAAGGACCUGAGAAAAACACACUGUGUGUGUGUGUCUCCCUCUGCUGGUGACAGACUGGAUUGACAACAACAGGAAGCAGCCUGUGAGGAUCAGAUAAUGUCAAUAUAAACAUUUUUAUUAUUAUUAUUAUUACUAUCAUAAUAUUCAUUAUUAUUAUUAUUAUUAUUAUUAUUAUUAUUAUAUGUAUUAUUGUAGGAGCCAAUUAGCACUCCUGCUAUAAGUAGGAAAAAAUGUUUGUUGACGGUAGUGUUCCGCCGGAAGGUAAACUGUUUUUGACCACACACACACCCAGACACACAUACACAGGUAGGCCAAGGUAGCGUUUACUCCAAAAGCUAAGUUAUUGUGUUUCUGAAUGUUUGUUCGCUGAUUGAAAAGCU